UCUCUCUACCAUCUCUCUCUUUCUCUUGCGCUCUCUCUCUCAUCUCUCUCCCAUUUCUUUCUCUCUCUCUCUCUCUCUUUCUCUCUCUCUCUCCUUCUCCCUCGGUCGCACGCUUAGUUUAUACAUCCUGAAGUACUGCAAGCCACACUCCCCUCUCUCUCUCUCUCUCUCUCUCUCUCUCUCUCUCUCACACACACACACACACACACACACACUGAAAGGGAUGGAUUCCAGCAGCGCGCGCUGAUACUACACCCUUGCGCGAGGAGAGAAGAGUGACGUUAUUCUAACUCCAUGAGGUGUGCAGUCAUGGUUCUGAGGGGGCUGUUCUUGUUGUUGCUGCUGGUUCAGUUUUCCGCUGAGGGCACUGCCAAAGAAGGAGGCAAACCCAAGAAAGGCAAGAAGGGCAAGCAAGUCAUCUGUCCCUCUCAGUUGUCGGCUGAAGACCUCGAUCGAGUUCCUGCCAACUCCACCAGUAACAUCCUCAACCGCCUGCUGGUGACUUACGACUCCCGUAUUCGCCCCAACUUCAAAGGCAUUCCAGUGGAGGACAAGGUGAACAUUUUCAUCAACAGCUUUGGGUCAAUUCAGGAGACCACCAUGGACUACCGCGUAAACAUUUUCCUGCGGCAGCGAUGGAACGACCCGCGACUGCGCUUGCCGACGGACUUCAAAUCGGACUCGCUGACCGUGGACCCCAAAAUGUUCCAGUGCCUCUGGAAGCCCGACCUUUUCUUCGCCAAUGAAAAGAAUGCCAACUUCCACGACGUCACCCAGGAGAACAUCCUCCUCUUCAUCUUUCGAAACGGUGACGUCCUCAUCAGCAUGAGGUUGUCAGUGACUCUAUCUUGUCCCCUGGAUCUCACCCUUUUUCCUAUGGACACACAACUAUGCAAAAUGCAACUGGAAAGCUUUGGCUACACCACAAAGGACCUGGUGUUCAUGUGGCAGUCUGGGGACCCAGUUCAGAUGGAUGAAAUUGCAUUGCCGCAAUUUGAUGUCAAGCAAGAAGAUAUUGAAUACGGCAACUGCACCAAAUUCUAUCCUGGAACAGGCUAUUAUACAUGUGUGGAGGUGAUAUUCACAUUGAGGAGGCAGGUGGGCUUCUAUAUGAUGGGUGUCUAUGCGCCCACUCUUCUCAUUGUGGUGCUGUCGUGGCUCUCUUUCUGGAUCAACCCCGAUGCCAGCGCAGCCCGCGUUCCAUUAGGUAUUCUGUCUGUUUUGUCACUCUCUUCUGAAUGUACGUCUCUGGCGUCUGAACUGCCAAAGGUUUCAUAUGUGAAGGCCAUUGAUAUCUGGAUGAUUGCUUGCCUGCUCUUUGGCUUCGCCUCUCUGGUGGAGUACGCUGUGGUUCAGGUCAUGCUGAACAGUCCCAAGCGCAUAGAGGCGGAGAAGGCAAAGAUGGCGCAGAAAGACAAGGAGAGAGAAAAAGAAGGGAAGACGCCGGCCAAAGCCAACACAGUCAACGGCACCGGCGGGACGCCUAUUCACGUCAGCACGCUGCAGGUUGUUGAAACUCGCUGUAAGAAAGUGUGCACCUCCAAAUCAGACCUGCGCUCCAACGACUUCAGCAUAGUGGGUUCCCUCCCGCGGGACUUUGAGCUGUCCAACUUUGACUGCUACGGCAAACCCAUCGAGGUGGCCAAUGCUCUGGGCAAGUCACAGAACAAAAACAACAAGAAGCCACCGCCCGCCAAACCGGUCAUUCCAUCCGCUGCCAAGAGAAUUGACCUUUACGCCCGCGCUCUCUUCCCUUUCUCCUUCCUUUUCUUCAACGUCAUCUACUGGUCUGUUUACCUGUGAGCGUCUCAGACAGCGUUAGGGGUGUACCUUUCUGACCUCAGUAUGAUUAUUUGAUUGAUUAUGGCUCUUUAGGAAACUAAGCAAUGCAUCAUAAAGUCCGACAUUUUACCACGAUUGGAUUCUGUUUGGAAUGAUUCAGAAAGUGUUUUAUAAAACACACGGGAUACACUAACGUGACUGUAUACACAGUGGUGAAUAUAUAUCCUGCGCAAAAUUCAGAGAGCACCGUUUCAUAUGUGUCAUUUUCAGUCAAGUUAUUCGUCGGAAAAAAGCAGCAAACAUAUUCUUCACAGAAGAUCACACAGAAGCCUCUGAUACAAGCAACUAUCUGCAUUUAGUUGGUUUUCUUGUUCACUCUACUGCCACUUUAACUCUUGUAUCCAUCCAGUCCUAAACCAACCAGUUCCAGCUGUGUCCUUCCAACGAAAGGAGUCAAUGACAUUAUGUUCCCUUUCAAAGAGACACUGAUGUACUGUGGGUCUGGAUGCCAUUAACUGAAAUAAAACGUUUAAAGCUGUACUUGCUGUGGAUUGUGAGAAGCAAAAAAUAUAACCAACUACUAAGACUGAACUUCGGAGGUUUGUAAAAAUGUCUGCGGAUUUCUUUGAAAAACUGAUAGUAAGUCGCCUGAAAACAAUGGCAGCUGCAUUACGGCACAUUAAGUACAUUAAGUCCUGAAUAAACUGUACGUAGUUGUUGAGGCUUCUGUGUCAGAUUUAUGUUUCUUGCUUUUUCCUGACAGUGAAAUGUGUUUUUUUGAAAAUUUGAUUUUAGAUCCUAACAUUCCAAAGUCAAUGCAGUUGAACUGCGGCAUUCGGAUUCACGCAUCGAUGCGCUGAUGCGUUUUACACCUCUAAAACGUGUGAUUGUGAACAUGCAUGACUACAGGGAAGAUGUUCCGAGCAUGUAUGAAGCAUAAAAGACUCCCACAAAUUUUCCCAUGUUGGAUAUUUUGUUGCGAUAACGAGAAAAGACUCUCCUCGUUUGGUGUUCGCCAUGUUGUGCUGUUCCCAUGUAGCUGCUUGAGAUUCCCGGCUUUAAAGAGAGUGACGUCAUUAAGUCCCUGUCAAAAUGCCAACGGUUCCUUUAUUUGAUAAUGACAUUGCGUUUUCGACAGCAUGACUUUGCAGAACAUUCGUGAGAAGCUAUGUUACGUCUAGAGUGACUGUGCCAGCGUUCCUGCAUCGGGUCCGUUCCACAUCUGUGUCUGUGUGUUUGCACCAGAGAAAGCAGGAGAGCCCCCUGUAAGUGUGUGUUAACCUAUAUCCAUUUUCUGCCCAUCUGAAUGAUGGUACUCCACCUACUAAAUUGCCGACUGAGCGUUUCUAGGUUUUAUUAACUCGGGCUCUUUUCUCUGCUGAGCUGGUAAAGCCGAGGAGUGAUGAAUCGGAUAGUGGUGUUCUCAAAAGGCCGUUGGAGAAAAGGCGUGUUUUUGUGCGUGUAAAUAGCUGGAGCUGCUGUGCAAUAAAGACCUUCAUUCAUCCCC